AUGGAAGCCUCGCCUUUGACGCAGCAGGCUCGGCCAGAAAUAUUCCAGCCCAAGAUUGUGCAACUCUAUGAAACACUUUUCAAACUAGAAAACCAUGUUGAGCCCAGUGAGGGUUUCUGGCGGGAGUUUUUCUUGUUGCCGCCUGAUACGGUGCACUUGCAUCGUAUUCUAGACGGGUUCACCGCAGAUGACACAUUGCUGCUGCAAGCAGUAACCCAACAAGUGUUCGCUCGAGCUAUCCGGGAAGCUGUUGCUGGCGUGGCUCCUAAUGACGCUCACGCGCUUGAAACCCUCACAACCUUUCUAGGGAGUGUCUUGAUCAAAAAGUAUACAAAUCCUAGCUCGGAUAUCAUCACAGUACUUGCUGGGCUGGAUGAAGGGGAUCAAGUAUUCACCGAAUUUGUCGGUAUGCUUGAUAAGAUUAUCCGGAAUGGCGCCCGGUUUGAUCUGCGAUUGAAGGCUGUUAGGACAGCAAUUGCGAUGGUUAGUGGUGCAUACAAGACUGGCCUUGUCUCGUAUUUUACGCAUCGCGACAUCUUUCCGUCUAUAAUGAAGUUCAUACAUGAUUCCGAAACCCAUCUGCAAAUACUGGAUCCAUUUUUGCUUCUCGGACUGCUCGCAAAUUACAACAAAUUCGAAUUCCAGAACCCGUAUCAGCAACGGCUUGGUGAUUUCGUCAACGAAGUCACCAUCCAAAAGAUUGUUAAAGGCACAGGACUUUCUUGUGCCGGCCUUCGAAACGGAUACGUGGCCAUCCAAGACGAUCUUCCCGAAGGCUGGACACUCAGCAACACCCUCGUCUUUUUCGGUCUGCGAGCUCUGGCCGGUAGCCCCAAAGAUAAGGCUGCCACUUCGAGUAGUGAAGAGAUCAAGGAGACAUUCGCGGCCCAACCGGUGCCCGAAGCUGCGGUUCUCUUAGCUACCUACGACUUUGUCAGCGCAAACAAGCUCUUUGGCUACAAUUUGGUGACUUCUGUACCGGAAAAGCGAAACGAAGAAUCCCCUUUCUCGAGUUUCUUAUCACUGACAUCCUAUCUGCUCCAACAUGCCUACCGGUCUGAGCGGGUGGCGACGUACUCGGAGUUGAAUCUAUCCGUACUUCGCAUUCUAGUCGAGGACCCAGUCCUAUGCAAGCGAAUAUGCAGCGACGAAGGAAAGUGUCACGUUCGUCUUUGUCGACAGCGACAACCACAUCUUCCUCUUGUCAGUGGCGAACGUGUUCUCGCUACUGUCAUUUUUGAUAUCAUGAUCGAUACCAUGACUCACAAUCUACGGCGACGCUUAGACGUGAAUCUCUACUGUCACACCAUUGGUAUCCUCACUCGCAUAUUCACCUACCUAGCAUCCAACAGAACCCGACUCACAUAUCACUGGUCCGAACUAUGGCGAACUCUGCUCUCUCUCAUGCGCUUCCUUACUACUUAUGUCUCGGAUGUAUCGCUAAACCCUCGUAUCAAUACUCUAACGACCUCGCUUGUCGAUUUAAUCGCAUUCUGUCUCUCUGCAGGCGACACAUUCCUGCCCGACCCCGUCUCUUACGAUGAUCUAUUUUACAAAAUCGUCGAAACAGGGCCUGUCAUAGCUCGCUUCCGCGAUGUAUACAAUAUAGUCCCAUUUGCCAACCAGCAGGCUCCGGCGGAGUCCUCCAGCAAGGAGGUGCCCACCGCCGAGACACCGGACAAGAACAUCGCCGCCAUUGACAUCCUCAUCUCCGUGUCUACACACUUCCACUCGCUGCUCUUCCAAACAGACAAUACGACAACAGAGCCGUCGAAUGGGGCAGCAGCCGAUAGCGUACCGAAACCGAUAACCGCCGCACGGAAGAAGAAUCUCGGUCCUCGCGAAGUCCAUCAGAUUAUCAAACAAGGUUACGAUACGCUCAGCAUCCAGACCCGCGAAGGGUUGAAUCGGUGGGACAAAUGGCGCGAAACAGAUUCGAAACUUGAGCUGAAGCGGGCUGCGAGAUGCGCAGUUGAGGACGCAAAAAGAUUCUUGCUUUAA